AUGUUCUGUGGGUGCUGGGGAGGCUUCAUCGGCUGCGGUGUUUUCGACUGUCAGGAGGGAUGGUUGAUUAUUGGAACACCAUACCCCCACCUUUUCAAAGCGCAUUAUGGCGUUUCAUCUGUCGACCUAUCGUUAACUCGCAUCGAAAGCUUUGCUGUGGAAAGUUACGACGAGGAUGCUUCCGCUUCCAUGAGAAGCAUCCCACAGCUUCGAUCUUUCGCUUUGUGUUUCCAUAGUAGUCACUACUCGAUGCGACUUCUACAGGUUAGGCGUCCCAAUGACGUCCCAGUGCUGGAUUUCAGUAACAUUCAGAAAUUGACUGUAAACAUCGGGUCAGCCUUCGAUGUGACAGUAGCACAUGCGUUUAUCAAGGCAACAGAAAAGCUUGAGACUUUGGAGUACACUGGUACGCACCACCACCUUGAUGGAAAAAGUGAUGUCGUGCCUCACCCUCAGUAA